AUGGGACUGUCGCUUCUUCGCAAGACCGCAUCUCCCCAUGACACCCUCUUUUACACGGUCUGUGUCAAUUCAAUGGCCUACAAGUUCAUAAAUUGCCUGUUGAUGGAUGAGGAUGAUGGCCAGCUUUCCCAGAUGCUACGGGAACGCGCUGCGAAGUACAAGCGAACUGCCCAGAAUGCGUUGAGGAGAAUCCCACUCCUGACAUCACCUUCCCUUGCUCUUUUACAGGCCACUCUUUGCGGCAUUUUCCUAUGCCAGGGGUCAGGUGAGACUCAGCUGUGCUGUGAUUUGACGCGCGUUGCUUGUAGGGUUUGCGUUGAUCUUCGCCUCCAUGCAGCCGCCAAUUCGCAAGGUGUAACUGAAGAAGAGUACUUCUGCGUCAUGUGGUGCUAUAUGCUUGACAGAAACUAUGCCUGGAAGCUUGGAAGAUUCGACUGUUUCCUCAGUGUUGUACCAGGCAUCGAUGAUACUCCAGUCUCGGAGCUUUUCUCCAUUUACAUGGAGCUGGCGCAUGUACAAAGUGUGCUGAUUCCCUUCCUUAAUGACGAAUCUUUCUCGGAAAGAGAAACGGCAGGCCAAUCCUUUAGCCAUGUCUCACCUCCCUCGCCGCAGUGGAAAGGCCUGGAUGUCCGCUGCGAAGUCGCGGCCCUCGAUUUCGGCUUCCAUUCAAUCAUGACCACCAUCCUCCACUUGACCCAAGUGAAGUCGGGUGAGAUCCAUGGCGCUGGAGAGCUGUACCUCCAGUCAGCCCGCCAGGAGCUCUCGGCACUGGUAAGUCUGUGUCGACCAAGCGAUCACCAAAGAACUGCUGCCUUUCUGCACUGGACUUUGCUGUACUAUCCUCUGACCGCCUGCUUCGUCCUAUUCUGCAACGCCGUCGCGACAUCCCAUCUAGGUGACUUUCACCUUUUAAAGACGGUCGCGAACUGCUUGAUACAAAGCGGGACAGUCAGUCAGCCAAUUGCCACACUGCAGCGACUAUUCCAUGAAUUUGUCUUGCUAUCCCAGACCUUCAUCAGUGGACCAGGCUCAAUGGCGCCUGUAGAUGACGGAGUUCUCGAGAAGCGAUCCAACCUCACACAAGAGCCCACUCCCCCUUGUAGCUCACUGUCCCUGUACGGGAUAGACUCUGCACCUGGACAGGAGACGACGUUAUCAGGCGCAGACGACUAUUUCUACAGUUCGUCAUCUUCUGUGUUCGAUCAGAUGCUGUCUCCAGGCGAGCUGGCAUUCCUCAAUGGAUCGCAUUCCGAAGGGAAUCUCGCUAGUGAGAUGUAUGGCUAUCAGCAAUGUAAUUUAUGGUCCAGUUGA